AUGGCCUCCCAAGUUGGUGAGAAGUAUCGCAAUGGUGCAGAGGUCUACAAUGGAGAUGCACUCUGCAAGAAGAAAUCCAUUGAGUUGUUAGAAGAACUUGGCCUUCCAAAUAGGCUCUUCCCUCUUGAGGACAUUGAAGAGUUUGGAUUUAACCGCAGCGAAGGCUUCAUUUGGCUCCUUCAAAAAAAGAAGAAGGACCACAAUUUCAAGAAAAUUAAGAGAUCGGUGUCAUAUGCUCAAGAAGUCACCUCUUUUGUUGAAAAAGGUGAGAUGAAGAAGAUAACUGGAGUGAAGACCAAAGAGCUUAUGUUAUGGCUCUCCGUCAUUGAGAUGUACAUUGAGGACCCUUCUUCUGGGAAGAUCACCUUCAAAACCGGCACCGGGCUCUCUGACAACUUCCCAACUUCUGCUUUUCAACUUGAUUAG